UGUGGGCGAGAGAGAGAGAGAGACACGCGCACCGGAUUAUCUACACAGCUGCUACGAUACAUUUAAGCACGGACCCUCUCUUCUCUGCCUCUCCUGCCUCGUCAACCACGUGAGAUACAGUGAGAUACAGUGAUAUAUAGUGAUUUACAGUGCCGGCGUGUGAUGCAAGGGGCCAUAAGACUGUCGAGGCAUCAGCGGCUUCAUUACAUCAGUGAAGUGAAUCAUGCGCGCACACUGUUUUCCCUGGUGUACGAGUAUGUUGUAGUGUAUGGUGAAGUGAGGAAAAACAGGUAGUGAAAAUAGUAAGAGAGCAGAAAAGUGAAUACGAAGAGGAAAUAAGCGUGGGAAAUGAAAAUCAAGUAGGAAAUGUGAGUGUCAGGCAGUGAAGUGAAAAGAAAGUAAAGAGUCAGAAAAGUGAGUAAAAAGAGGAAGCAAGAGUGGAAAGUGAAAAUUAAACAAGAAAUAAAUGUUAAUCAGUUAAUUCGUGAAGAAAAAGUUUCUCUUUGUCAUUGACAAAUAGAAAAAAAAAUGAAUAAAUAAAAAAAAGUAGAAAUGACAAAUCCAGACAUCAAACACUGAAACUCCAGCGAAAGAAAAAGUGAAAAUAAAAUAGUAAGUGAACAAACAGCGAAAACACGAAAACCAGGCUGAAAGCAACAACAACAACAACAACAACAACAACAACAAUAAAUCUACAUAUAAAAAAGAAAACUGAAAGAGAGAGAAAAAAAACUGAUGAACAAGGGCGAACACAAAAGUGCGUACACAUAAGUAAUAAAACAGCAGAAGCAGGAGGAAGAGGAGAGAAAUAAAUGCCAACAUCACUUGAGGAGAGAACAGGACGGGCAGGACCAGCAGGAACAGCAGCAGUGGUAGCAGUAGACGGCUAAAUGCCAAGCCAAUCUCUGCGCACGCCCUUCAAGUAGUCACGCCCCCGCCCCUCGUAUGGCCUGGUGUGCCCUGGGGUGCCCUGGAUUACUGAUGGGCCGCUUCUGUUCCUUCUCCCUGCCCUUCUCCUCCUCCUCUUCUUCCUCCCCGAAGAGUUACCUGCCCUGGAACUCCGCCAUGUGGUUUCAUCGAGGAAUUUACCACGUCAACCCGAAGGGCGGCACGAUCGGGCAGAUGACGGCCGGCGCAAGCUUCGGGGAGUCGGUGCUCUCAGACGCCCCGCGACGCUCCACCAUCGUCACGCGGGAGAACUGUGAGCUGCUGAGGGUGGAGCAGCGGGAUUUCAGGCACAUCUGGCAGAGAAAUAAGGAGUUUGUGCAGGACGUGCUAUACAACUCCAGGAAGGACGCCUCCUCGGGAUCUAUGCUGGACGAGGGCCGCGCGCUGUGGCGGCGCGUUGGGUCCCGGCGGCGGCGGUCAGGCACGCCCAGGGAACUGCCCAAGGAGCCUGUCAUGGGCAGGGAACAGCCUCGCCGCGCCUCCGCCCACUCGCCCACCAGGGCCGCCUCCUCCUCCCCCGUGAGGCAGCCCGCCGCCACACACCAGCAGAGAAGCAGCUCCAUAUCAGUGCCGCGCGCCUCCAGCACACUCCCCAAAGGCUUCAGCAUGGCGCCCCGCGGCACGCCGCCCCCGUCCAGGGACACCUCGUCGCCGCAGCAGAGGAGCUCAGACUCCACCUACGGGUCGCCCUCCCAUGAGAGGAACAAGUCAGAGUCGCCUUCCAGGGAUUCCUCUUCCCGUAACUCCACCCCGCGGGGCACCCCCACCAAGUCGUCCCCCAUCCCCGGCACCCCAACCCGGGAAGUGCCCCGCCGCCCCAGCCUCACCCGCGCCGCCAGCUUCGACAGCCCCUCCGUCAGCCCGCGGCGGUCCAGCCUUCGCAGCGCAGUGCUCCGCCUCCGCUGCGAGUCUCAAGACACAGCCGAGGAGGACGAGGAGGAGGAGGAGAGCACGCCCGCUGUCACCUUCAGGGGGAUAGACAGAGAGGACGAGGAUGAGGAGGACGAGGAAGAGGAUGAGGAGGAUGACGACGAGGAAGACGAGGAGGAGGAGAUGAGUGAGGGCAAAGGGUCCAGCCGAGUGGUGAACGGGGAGGGCGGGGUGAAGAGCAGGACCAAGGGGCGGAGGCGGGCCAAAGGGCGGCGGGGCAGGACUCAAGUGGAGCCCCAGCGGUCCCAAGACCUGGACUCACCCAGCAAUGCCGCCGUACCCAUCGUGGAGGCCCCGAGCGAGAGGGUGUGCGAGGCCUCAUGGGUGCUGCGGACUCUCAUCCUUGCCCGCGCGCCUCACCUGCUGCGGGACAGGCGGCACCACGGCAUCGUGCAGCCGCGGUGUGGCGUGGGGACGGAGCUGUGCGAGUGGCUGCUGUCCCUCUCCUCCACCGUCCACUCCCGCUACCAGGCCGCGAGUAUGUGGCAGGCGCUGCUGGAGGAGGGCGCCAUCUACCACGUGACGGGCGAGCAACCGUUUCGAGACAAGUUUCUGUUCUAUCGGUUCUUGGAGGACGCGGCGGCUGUUCCUGGGAUGCCGCACACCAUGCCUUCACAGGGGGACAAGCGGGAGGCUGAGGAGAGGGUCACGCCUGUCCUGGCCUUCCUGCAGCAACGAGCACCUGACGCCAUGCUCAGAAUGAUCCUCAGGAAACAGAGCCACGAGCGCACCAUCGAGGACCAGGAGCUGAUCUACGAGGAGCUGCUGCACCUGAAGGCUCUGUCUCACCUGUCCAACACCGUCAAGCGGGAACUCGCCUCCGUCAUUAAGUUUGAGUCGCACUCCAGGGAGGGAACUAUAUUGUUCCAGCAAGGGUCUGAAGGCAAGUCCUGGUACAUUAUCCUGCGAGGCUCCGUCAACGUCGCUAUUCACGGGAAGGGCGUCGUCAAUACCUUGCACGAGGGAGAUGACUUCGGCAAGCUGGCCCUCGUUAAUGAUGCGCCCAGGGCGGCCACCAUCAUCCUGCACGAGGACAACUGCCACUUCCUGCGGGUGGACAAGGGGGACUUCAACAGGAUCAUGCGUGACGUGGAGGCCAACACGGUGCGGCUCAAGGAACACGGCCAGGAUGUGCUUGUUCUGGAGAAGAUCUCGUCCAACGCCCACACACACUCCCACUACAAGUACACGGUGAUGUCUGGCACGCCGCAGAAGAUGCUGGAGCACCUGCUGGAGACGCGGCUGGACGGGCGGCGGGGGACGUCAGGAGUGGAGAUGACCAACCUUCCCCUGAGGCGGUGCGAGCUGACCACCACGGACCUCUUCCUCGACGACUUCCUCCUCACCCACAUCGUCUUCAUUGAGUUGCACAUGUUCCUUAACUCCCUCAGUACUUACCGCAUCGACAGUCAGAGCAACAGUCAAGAUCAAGAGUUCAUCGUGGCGUGCAAGAGGCGCGUCAUUCAUUUCGUCCACCGCUGGGUCAUGACCAUCAAGACGCCAGUCUUCAGCAGCCCCGCCGCCUCGCAGUUCUUGCAGACUCUACAGGAGGAGGUGGCGAAGGACGUGGAGGUGUACGGCGUGGCGCUGCGGGACGAGGCCACGCUGAUGCUGAGCGUGGCAGAGGCGCUGGAGCGGUACGAGAGGGACAGGUCCACGGCAGGGGUGAGCAAGUGGAAGGCUCCCACCAGCGGGCGCCCCAUCAGCCUCUUCGGGGUGACGUCCACGGAGGAGCCGACGGAGCCCCACCGAGCCAUCCGAGCACAGGACGACAGUAAGGGCCACGGCAUGCCCGAGGUUUCUCUGUGCCACCCCUUGAUGUCCACUUCUGUAAUUUUCCGGGUGUACUGCGCAGACCACACCUACUGCACCCUGAGGUUCCCCCUAAACACAACCAGCGAAGUCAUCAAGCGCUCAGCAGCAGACAAGUUGGGCCUUCGUCAGGAGAACCUACUGCUGGUGGAACUCAAGUAUACAGGUGAAGUGGUGCCGUUCCGGGAGAGGGAGAUCUGCCCCCCCACCGCCCUCAGCCUCAACGGACGCCUCUUCAUCUCCAACAAGGACCACCUCGACGCCCUGAUGCCCCUCUCCGAGCAGGAGGGCCCCUCAGAAGGCACCAUCAACCAGCUGGAGAUGUACAGUACGCGAGAGCUGGCCUACCACAUCACCAGCCACGACUGGGACCUGUUCAGCGCCAUCCACGAGUAUGAGUUCCUGUACCACGUGUUCGGCCGGGACCACUUCGGCGAGGUGAUGUGCAACCUGGACGUGUUCCUCCGCCGCUUCAACGAGAUCCAGUACUGGGUGGUGACGGAAAUGUGCCUCGCUAACGCUCUCUCCAAACGCUCCCAACUUCUCAGGAAGUUCAUCAAAUUGGCAGCUUAUUGCAAGGAGCAGCAGAACCUGAACGCCUUCUUCGCCAUCGUGAUCGGCCUCAGCAACGUGGCCAUAUCCCGCCUCACGCAGACAUGGGAAAGGCUGUCAUCUAGGUUUCGCAAGAUGUACACGGAGUUUGAGAUGCUGAUCGACCCGUCCAAGAACCACCGGGCCUACAGGAUGUACGUGGCCAAGCUGCACUCCCCCAUCCUGCCCUUCACCCCCCUGCUCAUGAAAGACAUGACCUUCACCCACGAGGGCAACAGCACCAUCAUUGACGGCCUGGUGAACUUCGAGAAGAUGCACAUGCUGGCCGAGACCCUAAGGACCAUCCGCUACUGCCGCUCCAGGCCCCUCGCCCUGGAGGCGCCACCUGUCCCCAAGAACGAAAACGAGAUCCGAGCGUACGUGAGGAACCUACAGGUGAUAGACAACCAGCGGCGCCUCCUUACCCUCUCCCAGCGGCACGAGCCCAAACGACCAUGAGUAGAGAGACGUAGGACGCAACCCUCUCUCAGCUGAGACCACGGGGCGUCCUGCGUCACACACACACACAUCCACACACACAGACAGACACACAUUUGACUGUUCCUCCGUGUGAUCUCAAGCGGACAGAUGAAAAAAGGAUGGUCUUCGUAUAUCAUGAAGCAGAGUGAACAUGGAGAAAGUACAUUUUGUCCUAAAGAUGAUGUUUUUUUUAGGUUCAUGUUCUCCGCGGAGACAGAAGGAUGCUCGUUGCUUCCCGCAAGUGAUCCGAGGGAAAUUCGAAGCGUCACGUUGCUUAUGAGUGUGUCACGUGGGAGGGUUCACCAUUUUUUUACAGUGGGUUCUUCAUAACACGAAGCUCCAGCGUCUGUGUACCGAAGCUUCGACUGGGUGGUGAAAGUGAAGCACUGAUACUUAAACAGCAGCGUGUAAACCGUUCGAACCAAAAACGAACAACGGAACAGCAGCAGCAGUCACUCACGGAGCAGGAGACAGGAGGUGGAAUACAGAGAGAAAUUCCACACACGCAACAGUGUAGAAAAAAGAAAAGGUGUUUUUAUUGUGGAGCAGAGACUGACCGAGUGGACGAGUGUUGCUGAGUAAGGUAAAAAGAAUUUAUGAUGUGAAGUGUAUGAAGUGAAAGACUAUAAAUCCACUCGUCCCUCCUCCCUCCCUUCUUCCCUCCUCUCACUCUCCCUCUGGCUGGCAAGUUAUUGGAGACAGAGGGAGAGAGGGAAGGAAACAGUAUGGGAACUUUUACUUGUAUACAAAGGUACAUGUAGUGGCCAUUUUGCAAGUGUACAGUGUGUGUGUGUGUGUGUGUGUGUGUGUGUGUGUGUGUGUGUGUGUGUAAAUAGUGUACAUAGUUUUCGCCUUCUCCACGUUUCCACUUUUUUUCCAUUUGUCAUUCUCUUAUUUUGUAGAAAUGGUGUGUGUGUGUAUGUGUGUGUGUGUGUGUGUGUGUGUGUGUGUGUGUGUGUGUGUGUGUGUGUGUUUGGAAUACAUAUCCAGUUAUAUUUGUAUCUGUGAUGACAUAGAUGCGUGUGGCGUUUUACAAUAUUCAUACAUAGACACAAAAAAAGUCAUGUUCAUAUUUUUGUAAAUGCUAACAGAACGUGCAUAUAUGAAGAGCAUCCACAGUAACAGUAAUAAGCAUAAUGAUAAUAAUUACCACCCCCCCAAAAAAAAUCAAUACUUAAUUUGUACAUAUAUAGAUUUUUGAAGUAGCGUUAACAGAGAGGAACGUGUUUAGAAUAUCAUGUCGCGCUGUUAUAAAGGGUCCAACACAGUAUUUCCUAAGUGUGUGUUGCGAUGUGUUGCGGGAGGGUUCGUAUUAAUGUUGUCCUUGCGUGUGUACCUUUGCGUGUUGUGUGAGCGUGUGUGUCUGCUUCCGUGUGCGUGUGCUGAUGUGUGUCAUCCUACGGGUUAAGUUAGUCAUCGCUUGCGUUGUCGUGGUGUGUGUCACGUGAUGUGGUAUGCAGGCAGUGUUGUGUUGCGGAGCUGGUAAGGUCGAUGUUGCCUUGUGUUGUCUCCUUAAACAUGUCCUUACGCCAUGACUUUUUUUUUUAUUUGUGUUCUUUUAAAAGGACAAAAAGGUUCCGUCAUAUUAGCUGUAUCUUUUUUUUUUUUUCUCGUGUGUAAUCAUAUAUCCACGUCACAGUCGUCAUAAUUGUUGUUGCUGUUGUCAUUUAUCAUCUUUCUCCUUCCUCAGCAACUUUCUUGUUGCUUAUCUAUAUUCGAAUAAUUUCCUGACAGUUAGAUCCCUCUGUAGUAGUUCCUGGUAAAAAUGAUGUAUACGUUUUCUGAGUCAUACAUUUACCUCACCAGAACAUUCUGCGAAGCCUUUCCGCGUGUCCGGCCUGCCAUUCCUCACUUCACCACGAGGGCUGGGUGCGCACUGACACGACAGCCCCUCCUCACACGUGUUUCCUACUUGAAACUUGGGUCUGGUAUAGCGAAUCGCCACUGCAUUGGUGAAUUCUGUAAAUUAACCGUGGGUGACUCAGGGUAUGAUACUCUGGUAUAAUACUGCGGAUACUCAACAGCCCGUGGGAAUUCCCCGACAAGUGUCAAAGACUCGUCUGGUCUUCAUCAAAGUAGACAGUCCACUUGUGUCUCGAUUUUUGCCUUCAUGGCGCCUCGCGUAUCGGGUCAUCUCACAAACUUGCCACACGGAUCGCAUCCCCUCUGUGCGGAGAUUUUUCAGCGUGAGGCGUGACAGCGGCGUGUCCACCGCGAGUCUGGCUCCUUGGUGCCUCCACAGUACAGACAAUGGUCAUUGCAUUGCCUGGGAAGCUACUCGCCGUUUAUCAAAUAUAUUGUUAAAUAAUAAUAAUGAUCAUAAAAAAUAAAUAACAGCGACAAUAAUAAUAAUGAUAAUAAUAAUAAUAAUAAUAAUAAUAAUAAUAUAAAAAAUAAACUUUUGAAGAAACAACAUAAUAAUAAGAAAUAAACAGGCAGCGUGGUUAGCCCACACACUUUGAUCUGCGUCUCUACCUUUGUUCGCCUGACUAUUCUUACACAACUGUUCCUCUCCCCACUCUGUCCAUCCACUGUCCAGCCAACCAACCAAGCCUGGCUCAGUGCCCGCCACGAUCCGCUGUAGCCUCUCUCAUUCGGUGCACGCACGCAGUGCCUCUGAGGGCGCCAGUGCCGCCUGUUACUGCGUCCGCGCUCUUCGCUGUUUACCGUUGAAUUAUUGAGACUGAAGAAUUAAUGUGCAAAUGCACAGCGCCGCCUUGAACCUUCAUUGUGAGAAACAAGAGGCUUGUCUUGAAUUCCUAGGGGAGGAUAAAUAAUCUGUAGUAUGACUAGGUGGAGGUUAGUGAGGAGGGAGAGGAAGGAAGAGCGAGGGGAGGCUGCGCGGAUGGCGAGGCACGCCCGCUCUUUGUACCUGACAGCUCAUCUGCCGCACGCCUGCUUUACGCUGUCACAUACCAUUCCCUGAAGCUGUGUCGCAGUUCUCUCAUUGGCGUCUGUCACCUGGUCUAUUAGUGAAUCCUUCGCACAGGUGUCUUCAUCCCCUGCGUGGCUUUCGUUUCUCCUCCGUAUCGGCAUCGUGAGUCUUAUCGAGUUGUGCGGACGCAAUACAACUAACGAUGCCAGCCACUUUCGCCGCGAGUUGUACAAUCUAUAGGCGGUUCAGCGUGACAUGUGAUUUAACGAGUAGUGGAUGUUGGUGCCAGUCAUAAAGGACAGUCGUGGUAGCGAACACUCACUUCAAUAUUCGCACGGUUUUGUGUCUGAUGAUAUAGAUGUUCCUCUUUGCGUCUUCUGCCAUUCUGUAUUCUGUCUCCCCGCCCUCCACUCGCCGUGAUCCGCCUGUUCUCUGCCUUAUCAGCUUCCGUCACGAUGUAUGUUUCCAGUUCGGUGUGUUGUAACUCAAGACAAACUUCACUAGAUGACAUGAGGUAGUCCGCUUGCUGUUUGGUUCUGUCCUGUAAUUGAUGCUGAUUGUCAUGGCGUCUUCUUUUCUUUGAACAUUUUCUCCCAUUUCUUUUUCCAGCGUGGACUAUUGAUGUCUUUCUCGAGAUAUGAGGGUUUUUCACAACUACUACUACUACUAUUACUACUGCUACCAUCACUACUACUGCAAACAAUACGUAUUACUUCUACAAUGAUCUGCCUUUAUGAUAGCAACUUUUUACUGUAACACUCACGAAUUUAAAAAAAAAAAUCUAUAAACUUUGAUCUUUGACCUGUGAUAUUUGUGUCUAGAGUGUGCUAAGCCCAACUUUCACCUCCUUCGUAUUUUAUUUUCUUACUCAUUCUUUAUUAAUCUUCCUUGUUUCGUCUCAGUGUUAAAAUGUGUGUGUGUGUGUGUGUGUGUGUGUGUGUGGUGUGUGUGUGUGUGUGUGUGUCCUUUCUUCGUUAUCUGCGUGACGCCUUUCGCUUUUUAUCUUCUAUUUAGGCCUCAAAAAUAGCUUUAAUUCGUCUAAUUGUGGUUUCUUUAUCAUAGCUGAGUCUUGUGACGGUUACUGUAUUCACCAGUUAUAUAAUCUAAGCACACACACACACACACACACACACACACACACACACACACACACACACACACACACCUGUCACCUCAUAUCCCCAGCCAAUCACACUUUCCACUCCCAGCCUCACCUGUUGCCUCUCACUUGCAUAAUAUCGUGCCUAUGCAAUCACCACUUCCAGCCUUAAUCUAUUCUGUCUCGACUCCGCUGUAAGCAAUCUCAGGCAAUCCAUAGCUUGUAAUUGCAUAAGCCAGCGAGAGGGAGAGAGGGCGGGGGAACUCUGAAAGAUUCUCUAUAGUAAAGAUAAAAGUGAAAGGUCUACUAGAGAUGUUAGAGGUCUUAGUAAUCACGUCUUUAGGUUAGGUAAGAUUAGUAAGAUUCUUUCUGAGUUAAAUCACCAAACAGCAGAUAUAAGCGUCCUCUUCCUUCAAGCAGCUGUUUAUGGCAGGUGUUUACGGUCCUGCCUCGAGGUACCUUUUGGGUGGGAGAAGUAGAUCUACGUAAGAAAAAAUAGGGUCAUAACUCUGUCAACUUCAGAUCUGUCCUUAUCUUAUGAAACCAGUGUGAGUGUGUUCCCCCCACCCUUCACCCCCAUACAUUGUCUCCCUUCGGUGCGUCCUGCAGUGGGUGUUGCCUCCGCCGGGUGGUUGGUGUCCCUUUACCCUGCCUCAAGCAGGAGCAUAGUCACUGGCAGGAGUUGAGUACGCUGCCGCACUCACUUCCACUAUGUUGUAUGUCUUCCCUCACUUAAUCCCUUCACUGCUCUGUGGGAAAUUUCUCCUUAAUUGGUAACUUUUCUGAGACAUCUUUUCCUGUUCUAAUUUUUACAACUUCUAUUAUUUUGCAUCCCCUUCUCUCCUAUAGGUGCUUAUAAAGAUUCCAUACAUUAAUUUUAGUGUUGUGAAUUGUUGCAUAUCACAGUGAAAGGGUUUGAUCCUCUGACCUGCUGACGAUUUUCUCGCAAGACUUUAAACACUUGAUCGACACUUAGCGGAUCAGAGGACUUUAGGUUGCGGGAAAGCACAAAAUUCAGUGGCGUUGAGUGUCGUUUGUUACUCGACUCGCCCGUGACACCACUCCUGUCUCCAGCACCUCCCUCCCUCCCUGCAUUUCACGCCUCUACGGGGGAGACAGAAGGUGUUAGUGGGGUGUAGUUGAAAAGGAUCCCGUGUAGAGGGAGAAAAGAUAAACGUGACUUUUUUUGGGAUUUAGACCUUUAGGGAGUAAAUUUAUCUACCUAGUCACGCAGAUUUAGUAUUACGAAGACUAAUUUCUAUAACAUCACUGAAUUGUUUGUUGUCGCUUACCUGAUGUCAAUGAUUUGUCCCUGAAGCUCGUAACAAACAAGAAAAGGACAAAAACACUCAGCUUGUGUUCAUACUUGUUCAUCUUGGUGUCCAGCUGUCGUCGUGCACGUGAAGGAGGCAAACUUUUUAAAAUUCCGGUGCUGUUAACAAUUAUCCUCCAACUCCUGCCAUUACAACUACGUAACUAUUCCUUCCUCUUUAUCACAGGAAAGUCCGUCUCGCCUUACCUUGUAAAUACAAUGUCACCAGCAAGCAUCCUUGACUUCACACUUGUACAUCACAGGCCGUGUUCCCAAACGUCUCGGCGUUUCGUCUCGACUGUUUUACAGGCUAUGAAGGUGCAGCUACUGAGGUUGUCACUCGUGUUAACAAGGAUUGUGCGUCAUCCAUGGAAAAGACAUCCAUGAGAAGCAGAGAUCAUUGAGGCCGGGCGUGGCUCCAGGGGUGUGGCACUGAUGGGGUGGGGGUGUGGAGGGGUGGGGUAAAAAAGCAAAGUUGACAAACUAAAAUCAGUCGGUGCUGGAAUGUGAUCAUCUCGAACUCUUGCAUCAGUUGACUGCUACAUCCACGACUUCUGGUCAUGCAAAAUAUUAGCCAUGAUUACUAGUUUUAAGAUUCGUUUAAGAGAUAAAAUAUUGAUCUGAAGAAGGAAUAUUUCAGAUGGCAUUUUCUGCAACGGAAUAUUGGCAUUGUCCAUUUUUUGACGGUGCAUACCAGUCAAGAAUUGACCAGCUCAACAAGGAACACUGAGGGGCACACCGCCUCACCCCCUGGAGCCACCCUUGUCUGUGGCUUUUGAAAACAGUCCUCACGAGACCCCGAGGCGCUGCAAGAUGCGACCCUUCAUCACUCGGGCGUCGCCUUUGUAACCGGCUCAUAUCAGUAUUUCUAUAUAUAUAUAUUUUUUUUUUUCGCCAUGACUGAUUGCCUUCUCUAGUUUCUCUUUCAAUUUGAUUUCAUUCUUCUCUUGUAUCUUUUUUUUUAUCACGAUUGUCUUUCUUAUUCAUCUUUCGAGCAGCUUCUUAUAUAUAUAUAUAUAUAUAUAUAUAUAUAUAUAUAUAUAUAUAUAUAUAUAUAUAUAUAUAUAUAUAUAUAUAUAUAUAUAUAUGACGUUAUUCAUUUUAAAUUUCAUUACAUUUAAUUAUCUUAUUAUUCAUAAUCGAUUGUUUCUACUUUUAUCACCAUGAUUACAUUCUCCAUGUUCUGAAUCACGCCCUUAAUACAUAUUAUCGUACGUGUGUUCUCUUUCUUCACUAACUGUUCUUCACAAUGUGACCAGUCUCUCUCUCUCUCUCUCUCUCUCUCUCUCUCUCUCUCUCUCUCUCUCUCUCUCUCUCUCUCUCUCUCUCUCUCUCUCUCUUUUUC